GCGGGGCGGUGUGCGGGCAGCCCCGAGCAGCGCUGCUGCGGAGCCGCGUUCCCGCUGCCGCAGACUCGGGGAGCGGGGCUAGGAGCGCUGCCGCCCGCGGGACACCUGCCCGGCUCGGCGGGGCGGCCCCGGCCCGGCACGAGGGCGCCCGCCCACCUGGGCGUUGCUGCCCGGGCUGGCGGCUCCGCCUCUUCCCGCUCUCCGCUCCCUUCCACUCCGGGACUGCGGGGAGCCGGGGGAAGGCGGUGCGGACACCAUGGCUCGUGUGCUGAGCCGGGACCCGGUGGACAUUGAGAACAUUCUGGCUUUAAACCCCCGAAAACAAACACAUGCAACUCUUCACUCAACUGCAGCAAAGAAGCUAGUCAAGAAGCAAUGGAAAAGGAAUUCUGACAAAAACUGUUCAAACUGUGAGAAACUGGAAAAUAAUUUUGAUGACAUCAAGCACACGACUCUUAGUGAGCGAGGAGCACUUCGAGAAGCAAUGAGGUGCUUAAAGUGUGCAGAUGCCCCCUGUCAGAAGAGUUGCCCAACUAAUCUGGACAUCAAGUCGUUCAUCACAAGUAUUGCAAACAAGAACUAUUAUGGAGCUGCCAAAAUGAUUCUUUCUGACAAUCCACUUGGCCUGACAUGUGGAAUGGUGUGUCCAACAUCAGAUCUCUGUGUUGGUGGCUGCAAUUUGUAUGCCACUGAGGAAGGACCAAUUAAUAUUGGUGGAUUGCAGCAGUUUGCUACUGAGGUUUUCAAAGCCAUGAAUAUUCCUCAGAUCAGAAAUCCUUCCUUACCUCCUCUAGAAGAUAUGCCUGAAGCAUAUCAGGUGAAGAUAGCUCUUCUUGGUGCAGGACCUGCAAGUUUAAGUUGUGCUUCAUUUUUGGCUCGACUGGGCUAUUCAAACAUCACCAUAUUUGAAAAGCAGGAGUACCUUGGGGGCUUAAGUAUGUCUGAAAUCCCCCAGUUCCGUUUGCCAUAUGAUGUAGUGAAUUUUGAAGCCGAGCUUAUGAAGGAUCUUGGAGUGAAGAUAAUUUUUAGGAAAGGCCUUGCGGUGGAUGGAAUGACACUCCGUACCCUGAAAGAAGAUGGCUAUAAAGCAGUCUUUAUUGGAAUAGGUUUGCCAGAACCAAACAGAGACACUAUAUUCCAAGGGCUGAGAAUGAAUCAAGGAUUCUACACAUCUAAAGACUUCUUACCUUUGGUAGCAAUGGCAAGUAAACCAGGGAUGUGUGCCUGUCACUCUCCGUUGCCACCAAUCCAUGGAACUGUGAUUGUGCUGGGGGCAGGAGACACUGCUUUUGACUGUGCGACGUCUGCUCUGCGCUGCGGAGCCCGUCGCGUGUUCGUGGUCUUCAGGAAGGGAUUCACUCAUAUCAGGGCUGUCCCAGAAGAGAUGGAACUUGCAAAAGAAGAGAAGUGUGAAUUUCUGCCUUUCCUCUCUCCUCGGAAAGUUGUUCUUAAAGGUGGACAAAUUGUUGCUAUGGAAUUUGUUCGAACUGAGCAAGACAGUGACGGAAACUGGAGAGAAGAUGAGGAUCAGGUUGUCCGUCUGAAAGCCAAUGUGGUGAUCAGUGCCUUCGGCUCCGUUUUAAGUGACGAUAAAGUCAGAGAGGCCAUGGCACCUAUCAAGUUUAACAGAUGGGGUCUCCCUGAAGUAGACCCAGAAACGAUGCAAACAAGUGAGCCCUGGGUGUUUGCAGGGGGUGACAUUGGUGGUCUGGCCAACACUACAGUGGAAUCUGUGAACGAUGGCAAACAAGCUUCCUGGUACAUGCACAGAUACAUCCAGUCCUUAUAUGGUGUUGCAGUUUCUACUGUUCCAGAGCUACCUCUCUUCUACACUCCUAUAGAUUUGGUGGAUAUCAGUGUAGAAAUGGCUGGACUGAAGUUUCCAAAUCCUUUUGGCCUUGCCAGUGCAACCCCUGCUACUAGUUCUUCAAUGAUUCGAAGAGCAUUUGAAGCUGGAUGGGGCUUUGCUGUCACUAAAACAUUCUCCCUGGAUAAGGAUAUUGUAACCAAUGUUUCUCCAAGGAUUGUGCGUGGAACUACUUCAGGUCCUCUGUAUGGCCCAGGCCAAGGCUCUUUCCUAAACAUUGAACUGAUCAGCGAGAAAACAGCAGCAUAUUGGUGUAAAAGCAUUGCUGAACUGAAGGCUGACUUUCCAAACCAUGUUCUGAUUGCCAGCAUCAUGUGCAGCUAUAACAGGGAGGACUGGACUGAACUUUCAAAAAUGGCUCAGGUUGCUGGUGCUGAUGCGCUGGAGUUAAAUUUAUCAUGUCCUCAUGGUAUGGGGGAGCGAGGCAUGGGACUGGCCUGCGGGCAGGAUCCAGAGCUGGUACGGAACAUCUGUCGCUGGGUUAGACAAGCUGUUCACAUUCCUUUCUUUGCCAAACUGACCCCAAAUGUCACUGAUAUUGUGAAAAUUGCAAUGGCUGCGCAGGAAGGUGGCGCAGAUGGUGUUACAGCCACCAACACUGUGUCAGGACUGAUGGGACUGAAAGCAGACAGCACACCUUGGCCGGCAGUUGGUCGAGGACUGAGGACCACAUAUGGUGGCAUGUCAGGAAAUGCCAUCCGGCCCAUCGCCCUCCGCGCAGUGUCCGCCAUCGCCCGUGCUCUCCCAGGAUUUCCCAUCUUGGCAACUGGAGGCAUCGAUUCUGCUGAGACUGGGCUUCAGUUUCUGCACAGUGGGGCUUCUGUCUUACAGGUGUGCAGUGCAAUCCAAAAUCAAGAUUUCACUGUUAUUGAUGACUACUGCACUGGACUGCAAGCUCUUCUUUACCUGAAAAGCAUUGAGGAACUUGAAGACUGGAAUGGACAGAGUCCUGCAACCAUGUGCCAUCAGAAAGGAAAACCAGUACCUAGAAUUGCUGAUCUGAUGGGAAAGAAACUGCCCAGUUUUGGGCCUUACCUGGAGCAACGCAAAAAGAUAAUAGCUGAGAACAAGAUAAAACUGAAGGCACAGAGCAUGGCUGCUGAGCUUCCUGAGAAAAAACACUUUGUUCCAAAGAAACCCAUUCCAGCAAUCAAGGAUGUAAUUGGAAAAGCAUUGCAGUAUAUUGGAACAUAUGGUGAUCUGUGCAACACAGAGCAAGUUGUGGCUCUGAUUGACGAGGAAAUGUGUAUCAACUGUGGCAAAUGCUACAUGACCUGUAAUGAUUCUGGCUACCAGGCUAUCCAGUUUGAUCCCGAAACCCACCUGCCCACGGUUACUGACAGCUGUACAGGCUGCACCCUGUGUCUCAGCGUGUGCCCUGUCAUCGACUGCAUCCGCAUGGUUUCCAGGACAACCCCCUACGAGCCCAAGCGUGGGCUGCCCUUGGCCGUGAACCCCGCGCGCUGAGGCGCCCGGCCCCGCAGCUGAGGGGAGCUUUACCCUUCUUUGAUGCAAUUGAUUUGCUUUCUAAUUAGUCCUUGCAAAUCUACUCCUAUAAAAAAUGUUAUACUGAUAGAUGGUGCAGUGAACACUGCUUUCCAAUUACUAUUUUUGCAACAUUUAAGUUUUGAAAUUACAGAAAGGUGGUCGUGGCUGUCAGUUGUCCACUAUUUGAAGUGUAACUUUCUUGUUGCAAUUCAUGCUGUGAUUUCAAAACUUCUCUGUAGACUCUUUAAUCUCUGUGUAUUUUCUGGCUGGAAAUAUAAUUAAGAAAGCAUUUUUAAUGAACUACAAAUCAAUGUACAAGCUAACUGUUUUCAAGGAGAGCAUUUUGUAAUUAAACAUUACAUUUAGUUUUAAAAGAGUUUCUUAGAAGAUGUAAUUAACUACAGAGCAUGCAAACAAAGCAAUGUGGCUUCUAUUUUUCUAUAGACAAAUGAAAGGGAGUUUAAAAUAGGAUUUAAGAACUGGAUUAAUCACUUUCAACUACUACAACAUAUGGUAGUGUAUUUUUAUAAUCCUUUCUAAUUCUUUUUCACACUAGUCACUUUAUAGAACAAAUUUGCUUGGCGCUGACACAUGCUGGACUCUUCAGAUUUGUGUGUUGCAUGGGUGGUUUGAUCAUUACUUUCCCCCCUCAGUGAACACUCACAACAUCUCUGCAAACAGUUAAAAUGGCUUAUUAGGAAGUCCAGAUUGCAUUUCAGGAUUCUGAGAAGCAACAACAUUUUUUGCUCCAAGCUCAUCCUCUAAAUAACUUUUUAAUUGUGCCAAUUAAUGUUCCAGGAUGUACACAUUUCAGGUCAGAGAUCUGAUUGCGUGCAAAUGGACUACACACCCUGCAGGCCAUGUUUGCCAAACACAGACACACAGGGUAAACUGGCAAGGUGAUUUCUCCCAGUGCUGUGUAUAGUUCUAGCAGUUUCACAGCCAAAAAUAACUACAGAUUCAUCUGUCUUACUAAACAGUAUCUCAAUUUUAAUCCAUUUUUCACUCACAGUAGGAACUUUCUAAUAUGAACAUGUUGCUGUCUGCUUUACUCCACUUAAGAAUAUAAAGCCUUUAGUUUCAUAACAAUAAUAAAUGAUCUAUCAGUUCCAUUUCUUAUACCAUAUAUUGUGAGCAGCAAAAGCUUUGAUUAAAAAGAUACCCUGGCUUUUGUUUCUUGAUUUAUGAAUUGAAGAAUGAAUUAUAAAUAAAUGUUGAAACCAGC